AUGAAUGGGUUACUAAGAGCAGCUUUUAAGGUUGACAAUAGUCCACAACCCACCAAUGAACCCCAAGACCCAUCAUUAAGCGAAGCUGAUUUUGAAGAUGAAUAUUCGUAUGACAUGCAUGAAGAGUUAAAUUUUGAUUGUGAGGAAGAUGAUGAAUUUCCAUCAACCAACACCAAUGAAGAAGAAGCGAAGUAUAAACGACUUAGGGAAGCUUCUGAUGAGGGCCUAUAUGAGGGGUGUACAACUUUCUCAAAGCUGUCGUUUCUAUUGCACUUGUUUCACCUCAAGUGUAUGUUCCAUUGGUUUGCCGCAUCAUUUAAUAAGCUGCUUGAGCUUCUAUUAGACGCAUUUCCUAAUAUUAAGGAGUUUCCAUCGUCGUAUUAUGAAGGCAUGAAGAUAAUGAAUGAUUUGGGAUUGGGUUACGAGAAAAUCCAUGCAUGUCCAAAUGAUUGCAUGUUAUACUGGGGUGAAUUUGCAGAAAAAACUGACUGUCAUAUCUGCCACACAUCAAGGUGGAAGAAUGUGAAAGAAAAGGAGGGUGAUGUAAAAGAGAAAGAUAAAGAAGCAUGUAAGAAGGGUGUUGCAGCUAAAGUGAUGCGGUACUUUCCUCUGAUCCCAAGACUAAAGAGGAUUUACAUGUCAUCUAAAACAACAGAGGAUAUGAGAUGGCAUUUUGACCGUAAAGAUGGAAAUAUCAUAAGUCACCCGGCGGAUGGUGAAGCUUGGAAAUUGUUUGAUAAAAGAUACGAGGAAUUCGCCAAAGAUCCUCGUAGUGUUAGAUUGGGUCUAGCAAGUGAUGGCUUUAAUCCAUAUCGUUUGAUGAAUACUAGUUACAGUACAUGGCCGGUGAUCCUGAUUCCUUAUAAUUUGCCACUGUGGCUUUGUAUGAAGUCGACAUCAUUCAUUUUGUCUUUGCUUAUUCCGGGGAAACAGGGUCCUGGUAUGAAUAUUGAUGUGUACAUACAACCACUAAUCCAUGAGUUAAAAUUGUUGUGGGAAGGUGUAGAUGCUUUUGAUGCUCAUAGCGGAAAAAAUUUCAAGAUGCGAGCAGCCUUACACUCUACUAUAAAUGACUUUCCAGUAUAUGCUAUGUUGUCGGGUUGGAGUACAAGAGGUUAUAAAGCUUGCCCUUCGUGUGCCGAUUCUACUUAUGCGUAUAGCUUUGGCGGUAAAGUUGUCUACCCUGGAUGUCGAAAAUGGUUACCAAUUGACCAUCCUUAUCGUUCUCAAGCAAAUUUAUUUGAUGGGACAGAGGAACAUGGUCUUGCUCCGGUUCGUGUAAGCGGGUCAGAAGUUUUGAAGCAACAAGAAAGAGUUAAGUAUGUGUUUGGAAAGUCAAAAGUUGUUCCGAAAAAAAGAGGGAGACUAGAAGAUGAUGAACUUGAUGAUGAUGAUAAUGAUGAUAAUGACGAGGACGAGUCUAAUCCUGUUCUAUGGAAAAAGAAAAUUAAGCUUUUUGAAUUAGAAUAUUGGGAACAUAAUCCUCUUAGACACAACUUGGAUGUUAUGCACAUUGAGAAGAAUGUAUGUGACAAUUUCUCAGGAACUCUUUUAGAUAUGAGCAAGAGUAGAGAUGAUAAGAAUGCUAGAUUGGCCCUUAAAAAACUGAACAUAAAACCUCAUCUUUGGCCUCAAUCUCAUCCAAGUCGUGUUAACGACUAUUUGCCUCCAGCUGCAUACACCGUGUCUAAAGAAGACAAAGAAAGAUUUCUUAAAGUCCUACAAAAUCUUAAAGUUCCCGAUGGGUAUGGAUCUAAUUUGCAAAGGUGUGUGAAUUUGAAGCAACGAAAACUUAUUAAUCUGAAAAGCCACGACAAUCAUAUGCUCAUGCAAGAUAUCCUUCAUGUUGCUUUAAGAGCAUCGAAUGCUACAAAAGUAAUUGAUGUGCUCGAUGAAUUAUCGUACUUUUUCAAGAAGAUAUGUCCAACAUCUAUUGAAAAAAGUGAAUUAGAUACCUUUCAGUCGAAUCUUGUGUUGACUCUUUGUAAGAUGGAGAAAGAGUUUCUUCCAACAUUUUUCACAAUCAUGGUGCAUCUACUAAUUCAUCUAGUGGAUGAGGUCAAACUCGGCGGACCUGUUCAUUAUAGGUGGAUGUAUCCCAUUGAGAGGUCAAUAUCUUAA